AUGUAUUUAACCGCAACUCGACCAGAUUUGAUGUAUGGAGUUAGCCUGAUUAGCAGAUUUAUGGCCCAACCUACUGAGACACAUUGGUCUGCAAUAAAACGAAUCUUAAGAUAUUUGAAAGGAACUACAGAAUUGGGAAUUUUCUACAAAAAGGAGGAAGAUACAACAUUGAUGGCUUAUACAAAUAAUGAUUUUGCUGGAGACAUAGAUGGCAGAAAGAGUAUAUCAGGUUUUAUAUUCUCUCUAGGAACUGGAGCAGUCUCAUGGUCUUCCAAGAAGCAACCAAUAGUAACUCUUUCUACAGCAGAAUCAGAGUAUAUAACUGCUGCAUCAUGUGCAUGUCAAUGCAUAUGGAUUAAAAGAAUUUUGGAUACUAUUGGUUUUAACAGAUCAAAACAGAUUCUGGUUUUAUGUGACAGUAGUUCAACCAUUAAACUAUCUGAAAAUCCAGUAUUUCAUGGUAGAAGCAAGCAUAUUGAUGUUAGAUUUCAUUUUUUAAGAGAUCUUGUUAAAGAAGGAAGAAUCAAGUUGGACUAUUGCAACACUCAAAAUCAAAUAGCUUAUAUGAUGACUAAGCCACUUAAACUGGAGUAA